AUGAUCAACGACGAGGGUGCCACCGUCGAUCUUUACAUCCCGCGAAAAUGCUCGUGGACCAACAAGCUGAUCGGUGCCAAGGACCAUGGGAGCAUCCAGAUCAACAUUGGGCAUUUGGACGCCGACGGCGUCUACAUGCAGCAGUUCACUACCUUCGCCAUUUCGGGAACCGUUCGCGGUCGGGUGAGUCGCACGGGACGUUCUCCCGAAACGUCUGCCCCCCCGGGCUUGGCGCCACUCGCAUGUCUUCGGACAGUACCUACACCGAAAAAUUUCCCGCUCCCUGCAAACGCCCGGUUGUAG